GGGCUAAAAGGAUGCUUAGCUAAGCAGACCAAAGUCUUUCACCAAGACAUCUUUACUGAUAUGCUUGAACGGAAUUCUUGCGCUGUAUUGAAAUCACGCUGCAUCACUUUCCUUGCGAUUCUUAACAGAGAUUCCAGUCUUUUCAUCCUCCUCACAGUGUUUGAAUUUGGUCUUCCAUUCUCAUAGAAGAUAAUUCUUAUUGAGACCAAUCUUUUGAGUCUCCCGCUAGUAUUUGAUCAACCUCAGUUCUCUCCUCGCUCUCGUUUGUAGCCGUAGGCUCUGCUUAACGAACUUCCGCCAAAGCUUUUAAGUUUUACAGACAUCAAAAGCCAUGGCUUUAGCAGCCUACAGACAUCUUCUCCGUGCGACUCGAGUCGCAUUCAAUGAAGAUAUCGCGGUUCUCACUUCCGCGCGCAAACAAGCCCGUAGCACUUUCCUCGCCAACCGAUCUCUCGCUCCCGAAUCACCAGAAUCUAUAGCUGCCAUUGCGCAUGCAGAAGAUGUUGCGCAAUUCUUGAGGCGAAAUGUGGUGCAGGGACAGAAAGCAGAGGGGGAUGAAAAGUAUAAGUUAAACAUUCACGAAGAUACAGAACGGGGAGAUAAUGAUACGAUCAAGAUGCCGAAUGGCAAGAACGUUACUAUUGACGGGAAGACGUGCAAGGACUAGGUUAUCUGAGGUUACAUUGGUUUCUGAAGACAAUGAGAGUUGGGGACAGAAAAGUGGAUAUGUAAAUAUAGGACAUCGAGACCGGUAUUGAGAGGGUCAAAAGGGUGACAUGCAUAGCGAGGACGUUUUACAGACAGAUUGACACAAAGCAAAA